AUGGCAUAUCUGCUGGAGAAGGCAAAUGGAUCCCGUUGUGUUCUCGAGGCUGUUAAGGUUGAGCCGUUCACACAGAAGCAGUUUGCAGACAUGAUAAAAGAGGCGCACUCAAGGACCCAGGACUACUAUCUUGCGAGGGUUCAGUGCAAGAGCAGCUCCGAGGAUGGGAAGAACAUAUACUACUGCUACGAUGCCCGGCAGCUCUGUAAAUACAUAUUCGAGAUGGUCAUUUCCACAGAGGGCAGGAAGAUAAGAAUCAAGAACUUCAAGGACCCAAUCAACCAAGAGCAGAUCCACGAAAUCAGCUUUUUCAAGCUGAGAUACGACUCAGACACACCCUUGAGGGCAGAGUAUGUCGGGAACCAGGCAAACUUCCUUGAAAACAACUGCUUCCGGAGCAAGAUAUUUUACCAGGAAAAUGCACUGGAUGCCCUGUCUGUGAAUUUCCAGUUCGGCCCUCAGAAGAAAAGAAUACCAAUCAUCAACAAAAGGAAGAUAUUCACUGUGUUCGUGAUGGUCGUCGUCAUCUUGGUCAUAGGAACACUGGUCGCCAUGAUAGCAGAGAAGGAGUCCUCAAGACCCCCUUCUCCGUUCAAGCUCCCUAUAGGCAAAGGGAAAAGUAUUUAA